CACGUACUACAGCGGAAGACCGAGGACAUUCAUUUCCCCGCGCCCCCGCCGUCCACGUACGGGGAGAGCGAGAAGAAGGCACGCGCACGCCGAUGGAUAACGGCGCAGGCGCCAGCGCCACGCUGCGGAAGCGGGCGCUGUCGAUCGACACGGCGUCGGCGGCCGCGGCGAUCGAAUUCGGGAGCAGGGCGGCGAGCGGCCGGGAGGAGGAUAAGGGCGGUGCCGUGGGCGCCGUGGAGGAGGAGCCGGUGAGCCCGACGGGGCGGCUGUUCCGGGAGCCCAACUUCCGCUGCCACAUCGUGUCCGUGUUCGGCCUCGCCGCGCCGGUCGACCUGCCGGCGCUCCGGGACGGUGUCGCUGCCACGCUCGCCCGACACCCGCGCUUCUGCAGCGUCCAGGCGUUAAACGAGUUCGAAAAGGACGCCAGGCCAAAAUGGGUCCGAACGGCGGUGAACCUGGACAACCACAUCAUCGUCCCGGACCUGGACCCGGCCGCCACGUCGGCCGACCCGGACAAGGCCCUGGAGGACUACGUGUCGUCGCUGUCGACGCGGCCCAUGGACCACUCCGUUCCGCUGUGGGAGGUCCACGUCCUCGACUUCCCCACCGCCGAGGCCGCCGCCGCGGUCGCGCUCCGCGUGCACCACUCCGUCGGCGACGGCGUCUCCAUGCUCUCCCUCUUCAUGGCCUGCACCCGCAGCGCCGCCGACCCGGGCGCGCUCCCUUCCCUCCUGCCGGCCCGGCGCGCGGGCCCCGUCUACGCGGUGCGGCGGCGGCAGCGGCCGCCCUCCUCCUCGGCAGCGGCGGGCGCCCUCGACGCGCUGGCGGCGCUGGCCGCGUGGGUCGUGGCCUUCCUCGUGCUCGCGUGGCACACGGUGGUGGACGUGGUCUGCUUCUUCGCCACGGCGACGUCGCUGCUGGGCGACGCGCCCACGGUGCUCAAGGGCCAGGAGGGCACCGAGUUCCGGCCCAAGCGCUUCGUCAACCGCACGCUCAGCCUCGACGACGUCAAGUUCGUCAAGAACGCCAUGAGCUGUACUGUAAAUGAUGUUCUCCUCGGAAUAACAUCUGCCGCGCUGUCUCGGUAUUACUUCCGUAAAACAGGUGAAAGCGACAGUAACAGCAUCACGGUGCGGUCCGCUGUUCUUGUCAACUUACGGCCGACGCCUGGCAUACAGACAUUGGCGAGCAUGAUGGAGUCCGGCAAGGACAACGGCGCGCGAUGGGGAAACAAGAUCGGCUACAUGCUGAUCCCCUUCCACCUGGCCACGCACGAUGACCCCAUCGAGUACGUUCGGAGGGCCACCAAGGUCGCGCGCAGGAAGAAGAGCUCCAUGGAGUCCGUCUUCACCUUCUGGAGCGGCGACAUGGUCCUCAAACUUUUCGGCAUCAAGGCAGCAGCCGCGCUCUGCUACGGCAUGUUCACGCACACCACGCUGUCCUUCUCCAACAUGGUCGGGCCACCCGAGCAGGUCUUGUUCUGUGGCAACCCCAUCGUCUACAUCGCCCCCGGCACCUACGGGCACCCACAUGCCCUGACGGUACACUACCAGAGUUACAUGAACACCGUGAAGCUGGUCCUGUCGGUAGAUGAAUCACAGUUUCCGGAUUGCCAUCAGCUGCUGGACGACUUCGCCGAGUCCCUCAGGCUUAUCCGCGAGGCGGUUCCACGAAAACCAGAGGCGGCGCAGGGUGGUGCUUCCAGUUGAAGUGUAUACAUGAUUCUUGUUGUACUGCAGUUAUUUUUUUUCUUCGAUACGGUUGUACUGCAGUUAUGACGAUCAGUGCUCAUCAGCGAGCUGUUAAUCUCAUAGGUGAUGCCAGAAAUAUUAGCACUGCACGCAAGAAGCAUAGCUGAAACAACAGACAGUACCUAGCUGUAUCAAACUGUGCAGAUCUACGUGGAGUUCUUGCUUCA